AUUCGUUUAACAUUUUUAUCUUCUCUCUCUCUCUGUCUCGCUCUCUCUCUCACCCUUUCCCUCAGUAUUUGAGGCAAACAGCCAAUAAUAGUUGUGUUAGUGCUCUGUUUUUUUGUUUGCUUGACUUCAUGGCCUUUCAUUCGGUUGUUUAUUGUGCGGUAGAUUUGGACUAUUUAGCAUCACAGCCAAAGUAAACUUUCCGACGACUUUUCCUAUAAACCCUCUAUUAUGUGCCAUUAAAGAAUUCUUUGUGAAACAUCAACAAAAAUCGAGUUUUGAUCUUCACCUCAAUCAGUUCUUAUUCAUCAAUUUCGGCUGGAUUUCGGAUGCGUUCUUUCUGAAUUGAAUUCUAGAAGUUGAAUGAAGUGAAUGAUCUCUCCCAUAGAUUGUGGUUUUAAUUGUUGCCUGAGCUAGACAGAACUACACAAUGGUUAAUAACAGUACUACGGAUUUCAUAGUCAGCGAGGCCAUUGCACAAACAUAUUUAUGGUUUCUGUGUGGUAUUGGUAUUCCUGCCAACACACUGGCCAUCAUUGUCAUUUUGACCAUGCAAUCCAUGACCCCGGCCACGUUUCUCAUCGCUUCUCUGGCGUUCUUUGAUGGCACUGCGCUCAUUGUUAAGUUAGUGGUCUAUCUGAUGGACGUCUACGCCACACCGCCUUGCAAGACCAGUUUUAUUGUCAACUUCUUCUCCAUGAUGACCAACUGGACACUGGCCUACGUGUGUUUGGAACGGUUUAUUUCCGUCUGUUACCCUCUGAAAAAGCUCUAUCUCGUUACGCUGCUCAGAUGUGUUGCUUGCGUGGCUGUCACUGCAGCGGCCAUGUUAAGUUACUUCGUGCCUGUAUUUAGUCUGAUGUUCUUUUGGAACUCUAACGACACUUCGUGUUGGGUGCACAAUGAGUACGAUGAGUUCUAUUUUUAUUACCACAGAUGGAUCAAUGAGACUUUGGUUCUAUUCAUACCUUACACUGCCGUCGUGGUGCUGACUUUCGUCAUUGUCGUAAAGCUGAAAGUUAACGCUAAACAACGUCGUAAAAGUCUUCAGUCCACUGGGUCCGCGAACAGCAAGACGCCAUGCAGUUAUACUGAGCGCGUCAUCAAGGAAAACGAGCGAGUGGAAAGCACUUUGACCAUCAUGCUGAUCUGCACCGCCAUCUUGUUCAUCGUCCUGACCUUGCCUUCAUUUCUGUAUUUUAUUAUAGAUAAGAAUUCACUCAGAUAUCCGCUCAUAUUCAAACAGUUGAAGUAUAUCCUUUAUGACAGCACACAUGCGUUUAACUUUUUCAUAUAUUUCUUCUCGGCGGCCAAAUUUAGAUGCCGCUUUUAUAAACUUAUUGGUGUAGAUCGGUGCCGCAAUGGGUGCAAGAACGAAUCGGAUGAGUCCAGGGAAGGAGAGGACGAUAUGUCACCAAAUACCCACCUCACGAAUUUUUCAACAAAUCAAUAAAAUUGUCCGACAGAGUGGAUUUCUAUUUGUACAUUAAGUCUAUUUCAAUUUCGUCAAACCGGAAAUGUUCAGGACAUGGAGCUUUUUGGUGUAUCAGUUUGACAGACAACAGAUUGGCAGUAUAGAUGUUUUAAUCCACCUGAUCAAUUUUGUGUUCUUUUUUUAGCAUUGUUGAAUUAAAUUUUAAAUGAAAUUUGUAAAACAAAAACGCAGAUUACUGUAACUAUUAAUUGACAGUAGAAAUUAAAAACAUUGCUGCUAGGAAAAGACAAAAAUUUGUAUUGAAAAUGUUUAAUUUUUGAUAUCAUAAUUAUUGGUUUUCUAACCUGUGGACUUCUCAUUGGUCUCAACUUUUCACCAAUGAGUAUUUAGAUCGCUAAAUAUUAUCAAAACGAAUUAUUUUUCCAUAAUAAAAUAAAAAAAACAUCUUUAAAAAAACAAAAACUUAUAACAUAAAUAAAAUAAAAUAAAAAAUAACGCAAUGAAACAGCUGCUUAAUUAACUUCGUGUACUCACUCCAAACUCAAAGUUGGUUUCACUGUGAAAAGAGUUGUGCCGAAGGCUCUUCGUACUCUAGGCUUGCAAGCCUGAUUGAAAAAAACAACACUAUGUCCGGAUAAGGUUCAAAUCAAUGUCUAUACAAAAUACUCCUAUUUCCAAUGUGUCGGAAACACCGGGUGUACGGACUAAAAUACUAGGCCCAAGGCCAUCAGUACUUAAUGUGGUUAGGCAAAAGAAGUUGAGACAUAUAUAUUUUCCAAAAUCUCAAACAAAGUCAUUGAUAUUUGGAGUUGGUUUAAUGUAUAGUUUUUCAAUACAGAUCUUUUUUAAAAACAAAGUUUACUCGCAAUCUACACAAUUGCUUUACAUGUUACUUGCAGUGUAAAUGUUUUUUUGAAAUGUUUGUAAAUUGCUCGACAAGAAAUUUCAUGUCAGUAUCUUCCUACAUUUUUUAAAUUUUAUUUUUGUAAUUGUGACUUUUUGUCUGAAUUUGUUGUGAAGGACUCCAGUAGACCUUGUGAAUGACUCCAGUCAGGGCCGGUCUUAGACUACUGCAACCUAUGCGGUCGCAGUAGGCCCGCGUUUUCAUAGUUGUAGAUGUAAAUUAUUAAAUUAAACCAUCUUAACUUAUCAUUAAAGUGUUCAUGGAAUUAUCCUGAAAUUGCAAAAUAUACGAAAAAGUCAUGAAAAUCUCAUGAAAUUAUUAAAAUCUUAUGAAAACUGAUGCAAAUCUCCUUAGAAAUAGACAAAAUUGUCAUUCAAUAUGGACAACGCCAAUCCUACUCGUGAUAAAAAAAAACGGCAUAGUCAGCUUUCAUUUAGUAAAUAUGUAAUAAUAAGGCGAAUUUUAACAAAAACAAGAAGUACAAAUACUUAAUUUACUUUAAUAGUCACUGGCAUUUAACUAUAGAUCUUAAUCUAUCUCGACCUCUUAAAAAAAACUAAAGCAAAUGCGAUAUUUUGCUAGUCGAUAGUAAAUCUAAAGGGCAGAUCUAAAUUUGUAUCGGCUUUUAGUUGAAAAACUACUAUCUACUGUAGAUUGCUCGUAAAGUUAAUUUGACAGUGGUUUUUUACUUAGUAAAGAAUGAAUAAAAUGCAAAGACGAAUUUAUAUUCUUGUACAAAAUCUUAAUUUUCACUUAUUAUCCAGAAUGGGCCCCACGCAAUCCGUUUCGCAUAGGUCCGCGCAAUCAGUAGGACCGGCCCUGACUCCAGUUGACCUUGUUGUGAAUGACUCCUCAAUUUUUUGAAUUGUUACAAAGACCAGAGUGUAAUUGGAAUACAGACGGAAAGUAGCCAUUUAUCUUGUAUUAGAAGGCCGACGUAGGCCCUACGUAUUGCUUGGGCUAAUAGUAGAGAUAUUAAUUGUUGUUUAUAACUCCCUGUCAUCUAGACGCUUGUAGUGGGUAAGUUAAUAGUAUAUUGUUUACGUAUUCUGUUCUUUAAGUUCUAGAUGUUAAUUUAUUUGUUAAUCGCUAGGACUAUAUCGACUUGCUACCAUAUUAUUUGAGUGCCAGUGUCUUAGGGGGUUUGAUACCAUGCAUGAAUGCAAAGUGAAAAGUGAAAACUUGCAUGAACAAGGCGCAGAGGCGUAGUGAGAGGGGGGCAUGGGGGGUGACAAUGCCACGAGCGCCACCAAAACAAAUAUUGUAGAUAUUUUAGUUAGGUAAUACAUUCUAAGGCUAUUUAUAUUAUAUUAUUAUUAAACACUUAUUUUAUUUAUAAACUUAUAUUUCUAUGUGAUGUUCAUGGAAAAUGGCGGGUGUGGGGGGGGGGGGGGACUCACGUUUCGCUCACUACGCCUCUUCCAAGACGUGAAGAUCUUAAAUGAGAAAAAAAAAUGGAUGAGUUUGAUAAUUGUGCUUCGGUAUGUUGAUAGAAUGACUUCAUCACUAAUAAUAGGUUUCGUGUGUAAGAAAAGCCUUGAAGUCCUGUUCAACUGUUAUCUAAUUUAAGUAUACAUUUUUUUGUAGGGUUUUGAAUAUUGAUGAUUACUACUACAAAGGAUUAUUAUAACUAUUUUACAUAAUAUCUUAUAUAUAUCAUAAAUGUAGUAUAAAGCUAUUAGCGCUGAAACCAAUUAUGCAUAGACUUGAGACGUAACAUCUAAUACUAGCAGCACCAAGGGACCAAGUCUAUUGAGAGAAGAAGGCGAAGACAAUAUGGCGUAGGGUGAGGGGCAGUGGUUCGAAUCUUCAUCUGGACCUGUCUUCUUGUCGACAUAUUUUCUUCCCUUUCUUCACUUAAUAACCUUGGUCCUUUAGUGCUGCUAUUUUUAGAUGUUACGUAUUCUUGUGUUACGUUCUGUUGUAUAUACAUAGAAAAUGUAUGUUCACCAACACCCUUAGACGUUAGAUGUUAUUGUAUAAUUUAGUUUCUAUGCUCCUGACAAUGAAACCUAAUUACUUUGUCUGAGUGAUUUGUCUACGGAUUGUUUUUAAUAUUAUGGAUUUACUGAAAACCUGUUGAGAGAUUAAAAUUGAUCAUGUUUUAAAAAUGUUUAACUAUAUUUCCUUGGUGUAUUGAUUCUAUCUCUUAAGAUUAAAAAAAAAAAAAAAAAAAAAUAAAACAAAAGAAAAAAACUAGUUCAAAAAAUCAAUUGGAAACUCAUAUGCCCAAUUACAUACUAACCUUUAUUCAUGUAUGCUAAUUUUAUGUCACGUACCUCUCAUCUACCUCCCCGCCUCCCAAGUCAAUACCGUUUUAAUGUCAUUUGAAAUGUGUGAACGAUUCAUGAAUUAUUGAAAGACUAACACUAUGUAUCUACUUUGUUAAUACUAUACACAUUUAAAGACAGAACACUUUGUUGCGGUCGACUCAUGUUAGCUUCCUUAAGGCGAAAAGCCGAUUUUCGUUUAGUGCCUGUCCAUCCGUCAGUCCUUUAGCUCUCAAAAACUACGAAAGAUCUUGUGAAUAUCUGAUAUCAAAUUUAAGAUCUUAAAGACCUAAUGUUCGAGUGUUACGGCUAUUUUUUUUUCCUCUUCUGAAAGCGAAAAACUUUGUUUUUAAUUUUAAAUAUACUACCAGUUUGUUUAAACUUUCAUUUUAUUUUACUAUAAAUAAUAGAACAAGAUAAACUAUGACAGAGAUGUAAUUAUUUGUAUAUUUAUAUAACAUAAUGCUUACAGCGUUGAAAACAUUUGAAUUAGUAAAAAAAAAUUAUUAAAAAUG